CUUAUUCUUCGAUACUCACUACGUCUACACAAGGUACAACAAUUAUACUACUAAACGUUCUGGUAUCUAAUUAGACUACAUUGAAAAAAUGAAAAAAGUUCUAAAAUUUCGUUCUUAUUACUGUAAUUUGGCUUUAGUACAACAAAACCAAGAUGUAAACUAAUUUGGAAGUUUAUGGUCGGAUAUACAGGACCUUUUCCACAAGUAAUCAUUAAAAAAACGCACAAAAUAAUAUUCUCAAAAUCUUCUUUUAUUAAAGAAGUGAAGUAAAUUUAUUCCCAUGCACUAUAGUUGUAUCAUCACAAAGUGUUUCAAAUUGUCAAUAUUGGUUUGAAUUAAAAUGAACAAAAAUAUAAACUACAGCCAUACCUUUCGCCGAACAUAACUUCGGCCCCUUUGGACAUAUCUUCUUUGUAAUAGUUUUGUUCGAGUCAUUAUCAGUAACACUUUCUAGUGUGUUCUUUUCGAACUUGUAUCUUCAAAUUUGCAUCUUUAUCACGGUAUUGCCAUUUCUUGUCCGACUGUGAGCUAAUCCCAACCCGGCCGGACAAUUUUAAAACGUCAAAACAAUGCGACGUUAGGGCUAUGACUCUGGAAUGCCAGAAAACGAUUCCAAAGGUCAAAAGUGCACAACUAUGUUUUUAUCUGCUCAAUGCUUUUUAUCUCCUGGUGCUAGUAAUUCAGUAGAUGCAUGUACGCCACAGCGGACCUAUGUUUAAUAGGAAGAUAGAAGCUUAAUAAAUUUCUCCUCUUAAAUGGAGCUUGUUAUUGUUGUUUGGCAGGAGGAUUGUAUAGAAGAGGGCUUGUUUGGGAAAGGAUUUUUAUAAAUAUAUAUAUUUUAAAUAUAUUAAAUAUAUUUGAAUGAGGCGCUAGCGUCUUUUUUGUAAUAUACUCAGUGGUUUUGAAAUCAUUCCUAGUCAACACCUUCGAGUGUAGUCGAGUGUAUCUAAGAAAAUUACUCAAAUUACUGCCAGUUCAUUCGUACGAAUUUUUUUAACGUGGAAUCAAAGUGGCACAGCUAAUAUCCUAUGUGUCUUGUUAAUGCAUUUUUAAAAAAUAGCUAAUUAAAUUAUAAUUCUCGGUUAUGAUAGAAUGAAACACCAAUGGCAGGACACAAUAUGUUUAAAUUAACAUUUCAAUUUGUUUUAUUCUUGUAGAAAGUAGAAUCAGUACAUCAAUUCGACCUUCGUCAACAGGUGAGUAUAAUGUAAAAAUAUUUUACUUUGUAAACUUCAUCCUAUUCUUGGUUUGGCUGCCUGAAUUCGUUUUCCCAUAAUUUUUACCCCCUUGUCUUGUCAGUUGUCUGUUCCUUGAUAUUUAUAUCUUCUGCGCAUAUCCGGAUCUCCAAUUCCAAAUCUGCAGUCUCGAUACUUCGCCCUUUUCCGCCUGCGCUCCUUCGCUCGUGUUCCAAGAUCGUCAUGUAAUGUGUUUUGAAAUUUAUCUCAAUACUAAUCGUAAUCAUAGCCAAAAGAAGCAUCUGCGGAGGAGAGAGGUCUCGAUACGUAUCCAUACUUGCUUCACCCGUCUUGAACUCAGUACGUAUAGGUUAUUUUGAGGCAACGAGGGGAUAUGUGAUUUAUUCACCGAGACGCGCAGCGCCGAGGUGAAUAAACACAUAUCCCCGAGGUGCCUCAAAAUAACGUACUUAUUUUUCACAUUGCGAGGUUGCGUUAGUGAGUCAGAAUAGAAAUAAUUGCCUUCGUGAUGUUGUUUUUUCUCAUUUUUUGUGCUACAAAGACAUUGCAGGUGAAUAUUAGAGGGGAUUAUUAGAGGGGAAUAUUGAAUAUAUUCCCUGAUAAGAACAAAGGAAACCAAGCAGGGUGAAAAAUAAGUCUCAUAAAUAUGAUUAGACAUCAUAUGAUUGGCAGGUUUGAUUUAUUGUUUCCACACUAAUGAACACUGCAAACCUAAAAUCUCUAAUAAUUCGUAUAUUUAAUUUAAACUCUCCAGCUAACAGCCUCCUUUCCGAGAAUUAAACUUCAACUUCCGCCAAAAAGACGUUUCGGGGACAACUUUAAUCCAGGUAUUAAAUGGUGUAGCAUGUUGGACUUACCAUGUAACAUACAAGCAUCCUUUUGACUUGAGAGUCUCUAUUUGUUUAGAUUUCAUUGCCAGACGUGCCCAAAGGUUACAGAAUUUUCUUCGAACUAUUCUUCAGCACCGUAAUUUGCGGAUUAGGUAAGGAACGAUGGACAUGGGCACAUUUUCUACAAAAUUCCAAUCCCAUUCAACUGUGUAUCAUUUAUAUUUUAGCCGUGAAACUCGUGAGUUUUUUUGCCUUGAUGAUCCACCUGGACCAUUUGACAGCUUGGAAGAAAGCAGAGUAUGUAAAGUUUCUGAUUAAUUAAUUAACCAAACCAACAACUGGUUGACUUACUACCGACUGACUGACUGACUGAUUGACCCACUGACAUACCGCUUGUUCAUUCUUGCAGGCAUAUGUACAAUUUCUGGAAGAACAGAUGGAAAACACAAAGUCUAUUGUGACGGAACUAACUUGCCAAUUAGAAGCAACAAAAUCGCAACUGAGCGAGGCACGCUCUCAGAUCCGAAGCCUGGAAUGGAACUUACGGCAACGCCAUUCCCCAGACCCUCCAGGCCACUCUACUCCUGCAACCAACAGCAGUGUGUUACGCCAUGCUAUGGAUGUCCAGCUCUCAGAUAUUUCCGACACUUGCCCUGGGCCUAAGGCCCGGAAAAGUGUCAGCUUUCCACAGACAAAAUCAGCCAGUGAGGGCAACUUACUGCAGUUAAAACGCAGAGGGCGACCAAACUUUCCCACACUCAAAGACGAAAGUGGUUUUAGACACAGUAUAACUUUUGGGGACGAUUCUUUUCUGUACAAUGGCUUUUUGGAUGUCGAGUUUCAUUCGAACGUUACACGAAAAAUGAAGGAACGAAAACGCAAAGUUAGGAAAGGCAAAGUAGCUGGCAAAAAGCAGAAAUAUGAAGUUGAAAAUUCAGGACAUGAAAUUAAAAAUAAGGAAAAGGAUAAACCAGUUAGAACUCGAAAAAGCAGAGAGCAUGAAAAAGAAAAGCGAGACAGUGGAAUUAUUGGAGAUAAUUGCACCGAUUCUGACUAA